UGCAACUGGUUUUAAAAUUGAUGCAGUAGUCAUCUCAUUCAAACAUAGCAAAAUCAAAUGGUUUUGCAUUUUUGAUACUCUAUUUCAGUUUUAUAUGGAGAUGCAGAUUCUGUUAAUUCGUUGAGAUACAGAUUCGGCAAAAUGCAAAACGAUAAACCCCAAAUUGUAAAACCCCCGCGAUUUUUGAACCUCAACCGCUUCACCCAUCGUCUCUUUCCAAUUCCACCUGCAUUCCGCUCAGCUUUCCUGUAAAUUUACUCUCCAACCUCCCCAAAUCAACUCUCUUUCACAAUUUCAGUUUCCAAAAUCAACCUGCAUUUUGUAUCUCCUGAUUCGAUACAACUCUCCGAGAUUCUCGCAAUCGCAGUAUGAAUCCAUUUGAUGCUGAACUAACCCGAAUUGAAGAUACCGACACUGAUGGCUCGCCCUCCGUGCUCACUGAUGCGCCGCCCAAUAAGAUAAGGGGCCGCCCAAGCCCAAGAAAGGGUAAUAGAGCAAUUCAAGGAAUCGACUUAACACCCUAUGUCCUUAGGGUUGAAAUCGGAGAGGACAUUGUUUCAAAGAUAAUAGCGUUUACAAAAGAAGGAUCAUGGAAAGAUGAGACAGUGGUCAUUUUGUCUGCUACUGGUUCUAUCUCUAGUGUUUACAUAGGCUAUAACGGGAACUCUGUUAUCCGUAUCGUUCCUAAGGGACAAUAUGACAUACUGUCUUUAAAAGGUAGCUUCACAGUAUCUAAGAGCAAGGUUUGUCAAACUGAAGGGCUGAUGGUGUCAUUGGCUGAGACGGAUAACUCUGUAUUUGGUGGUUCCGUUCAUGGAAUGCUUAUAGCUGCAACGCCCAUUCAGGUUGUAGUGGGGAGCUUCACGAAUGCCAAGGGUGACGGUGGCAGUGGCGGUGGCAUAGGCAGAGGUAGAAGGAGAGGCAGUGGCAUGGGCUCCUCAUCUAAUUCACCUUACUAUUCUGGAGGCUCCUCGUUCUGAUUUAAGAGCUCCCUCUAAAGGGGGCAGUGGAAGAGAGGCAGAGGCUCCUCAUCUAAACCACCUUCCAAUAUUGGAGCUACCUCUGCAGGGGGCGGCGGAGGCUCCUCGUCUAAACCACCUUCCAAUUUCGGAGCUACCUCUGCAAGGGGCAGCGGAGGCGGAGGCUCCUCAUCUAACUCAAUCUUAACUCCAUCAAAAUGUAAGCAAAACGCUAACAUACAGAGCUUUACUGUACUUGUUUCCCAAUGUAAGCAAAUCAUCCAUCACAGAUACAUAGCAUUUUCUUUUAGUUGUUUCGAUUGUAGCAAAAUGCUAUACUUUUCUCAUUCGGAUA